AUGACAAGCCGUAUGCAGAGUGUAAAACUGAAUAAGGGCUUUUCAUCACAAUUCUAUUCUAUCCUCACCUACUGUAAUACUAUCUGGGGCGCCGCAAGUAAAGAAGCUCUACGACCCCUCGAGGUGGUGCAGAAGCGUGCAAUCAGAAUCAUCGAUGGCUUAUUACCAUUCGUGUCCUCUCAAUCACAGACUAAUGUAAAAUUCUAUGGACCAAAAAUUUAUAAUGAACUACCAUGUGAUGUAAGAAAAACUCUUGAAGAUAUACAAAACUAUCAACUCGAGUCUCAAACUGACACCGAAACCUCUCAUCCACCCUCAAAUUCUAUAACUCCUGGAUACACACGUGAAUCCCUUAUGUCACAACUGUGUCCUUCUCCAAAUCCUCCACCUCCUAAUACAUACACUCAGAGUGGCACACCUAGGGACGUGCUACCCCAGCCAAGUAUACUGUAUCUUCCUUUCGUAACGGUCAAUAUGUUGAAGAGGAUUGUUGAAUAUAGUUUGCGAAGAGGAGUUGGAGCGAGUGCGUCCGCCAUUCUAACUUACAGUAAGAAAAUAUGGAUCGUGUUUCUGAUGUCCGUCUGGAUAGCUACGCUGUCGACGGCGCAGCAGCAGAAAGCCACAACACUCACAGAGCCCUUGGUGGAGGUGCAUCUCCAGCAGGGCGUGAUCGCUGGGGCCCAGUCAGAGGCGGGAAACGGGAGGGUCUUCUACAGCUUCAAGACCAUUCCCUUCGCCGAGCCUCCUGUCGGGGACCUAAGGUUUAGGGACCCUGUUCCUGCAGGGCCUUGGACAGGCAUAAGAAAUGGAUCCAUCGCCACACCGAAAGGCCCACAGUUGGGCGAGUCUGUUGUUGAGGGGGAGGAAGACUGUCUCUAUCUCUCCGUCUACACCCCUCGACCUUACGCGUCGGACUUGCCUGUCAUGGUGUGGAUUCACGGCGGAAGAUUCGCAAACGGUCACGGCGAGGUCUUCGGGCCCCUUCCUCUCCUCACGAAGGAUGUGGUCCUCGUGGUCAUACAGUAUCGCCUGGCCACUCUGGGAUUCUUAUCGACUGAGGAUAGUGAGCUGCCUGGCAACCUAGGACUCAAGGACCAAACGAUGGCUCUCCUGUGGGUGCAAAACAACAUCCGUGACCUCGGCGGAGACCCGGGCAAGGUCAACCUCUUCGGGGAGAGCGCCGGGGGAGCGGCAGUGCAUUUCCACGUCCUAUCUCCCAUGUCAUCAGGACUGUUUCGCCGAGCUAUCCUGCAGUCGGGAACGGCGCUGUGUCCCUGGGCAUUAAGGGAAGACCACAAGCAAAUAGCUACUAAGGUUGGUCUGAUGUUCAACUGUUCAGGUGCGGAUGGCCAGCAGUCACUGAACGGUUCAGCACUCGUCGCCUGCCUGAAGAACGUUUCUUACCAGGAAUUAGUGUCUGUUCAGAAAGAUGUCGUAAGUAUGAAAUUAUUGCGUCAAUAUCAUUGUGAUGAUUAUAUCAUUAUAAUCAUGACGCCGCGGGUCGACGGCCAAUUCUUACCCGACUUCCCCGCCACUAUGCUCCGGAAAGGCUGGUACAACAAAGUGGACAUCAUUUUAGGCAUUACGAAGGACGAGGCCGUUCUGGCAAGUUCGGGUGAGAGAUUUGGUGCGAGGCACCCAACGCCAGAGCUGUCCCUCGGCUUCAAGUGGGCGCCGACGUUGUCAUCGAGCAACUCUUACUUGGCUAUCACUUCCUCGCCUUUCAUGAAAACAUUCAAAGACUGCAGGAAUAAUGUCUUCCUGCCCAGUGCCCCCAUUCUCAAUUACUGGAAUCAUUAUCUCCAUCAUAUCUUCCAGAUCCACGAAUUUUGGAAGAACAUGCCGACCAAGACUAACCAGAGGUUGUACCCUGAGCGCUUCGAGCCGAUUCGCUAG